CGGCCCUUUUGAUCCUCUUCGGUUUCGCUCUCGCUCGCCGUAAUGGCGUCCCUCGAUGAUUCCGGGAACAAAGCUGAUACUUCAGAUGUUAUUGAAGGUAAUAAGGUUCCUGGUUUGCAGGAACAACACGAAGAUAGUGGUCGCAAAGUGACAAUCUUACCGUUCCACCAAGGCUUACCAUAUGAGUUUUUGUAAUGGAACCUUCCAUAAGUACACUUUGUCUGGGUCCUGUGCAUUUCUGAGAACUUGCAGUAUACUGGACAACGUAUUCAUCGACCUCUCUUUAAAUUUUAAAAGGAAAGCUCGGGUUGAGGAAGUUUGGAAGCAAAUGAACAGUGGAUUGCCAGUUAAGGUGCCCAAACCUUUUGUGAACAAAUCUAAUUCAACUGAACUUACAACGACAAAGAAAACAAUCCCUGAUUGGAUGUUCACUCUUGGCCUUGCACCAGUAAAAAUGGCAGCUACUAAGGAUCCACUGGGAAAGAGGCCAGCCAUCAUACAAAAUGGAACAAGUGAGCAAGCCAAGAAACUUGCUACAGCCGCCAUUUCAGCUGUUAAAGAUGUUGCAUCUGCUGCCACUGCUGAAAGGGGAAAAGUUGAAAUAACUGAGGUCCACGAUUUUGCGGGUGAAGAAAUUGAAGUUAAGAAGCUUGUUGAGGCUGACUCGAAGGAGGCAGCCGAGAAGGCUAGAGUUGCAGGUGCUCCCUCCUCUGCCCUGGACACUAUUCUAGAGCAGAUAAAGAAAAAACCAAAGCUCAGUGUCCUCGACAAGACCAAAAAAGACUGGGGCGAGUUUAAGGAGGAGAACCAGGGCAUGGAAGAGGAGCUGGAUGCUUACAAGAAGAGCUCAAAUCAGUAUUUGGACAAAGUUUCCUUCUUGCAGCGGACAGAUCAUCGAGAAUUUGAACGAGAGAGGGAUGCUCGUCUAGCGAUGCAGGCAAAGAGGAGGCCAGCUAUGAAAGAGGAUGACUUGUAGUCGUACAUCCAUUGUAGUUUGCAGCUAUGGUUGUUCUUUACUAGUUGCAACAACUAAAAGAAAUCACUGCAUUGGUUCAACAUAGAAGUAGCCGCAUUUUGUUUUGUUCAUGCCACCAGAUGAAGGAAAUAGCUUACAAUGUAUCCUGGCAUUUUCUACCGAGCUGCAGAUUUUGCUGUGUGUAAAAGAAACGCCUAAAGCUAUUUUUCUGUAUAUUUAUUGGUGAAAAGAUGGCAUUGCUUCCA